AUGUUGCGGGAGGAAGAGACGGAGCUUCUGAGUCCAAGAGAGCAGUAUACGCCGUUUCCUGGACGGCUCAUGCGUGAAAGUCUUGAGUCCAUGGUGGUAGCACCAAAUGGUUUCAUAGCAUGGAAGCUCCGCCUUUCGCCAACUGUUUGGAAACGCCUGGGAAGCUUGAUUAUGAGGACGCUCGAUUCAGUUGCUUCCUCUAGGUUGCUUCUUCUCAGCCUUCGGCACCAUCACCAAACAUUUCCUGAGACCCUGCUGAAUUUCCAAGAUUUCUCGAGGAAGACACAAGAAUCCAAGAAUCCAAGAAUCCAAGAACCUAAGAAUCCAAGGAAUCCUCCAAAAUCUACCUUGAGCCUUCCGCUUCAGUUUCCGGAUUUGAUGCCUAAUUGGCAGUCUCGGUCCCGUGUUCACGCGAACUUGGCGCGUCUGCCAAGCGCCGGGAAAGACGUACUGACACAACGAGCAUGGAGCCAAGAACGAUGCCAUUCGUUGAAAGGUCGCUCUCCCCUCGAUGGCCAGAAUGACGAUACAGAGUCGGAUUUCGGGGCAUGGAAACAAGCCGAAAGAUAG